AUGGUGACAGACAAGGAUACAGAAAAGUUCCAAUGUCCAACACCAAUAAUGGUCGACACCAAAGGGGCGAAGCUGUCAGAAAAUGCGCACAUAAAAGUGGCCGGCACCAAUCUGGCCACGGAAAGUGGCAUUGACGACCUUCCAGUUAGUAUGUUCGUAUGGCUCGUGGCAUUCACGCAUCCAUUGCUGGGAUGUUGUUCGGAUACGAUACCGGCAUCAUCAGUGCUGUUCUCUACGCUCACCAGCAACGAGAAGGAAUUGAUUACGUUGCUCUGCUCGAGAGAUAAGCAUGGACGCAAAGCAGCAAUAUAUUUCGGCUGUGUCCUAUUUAUCGUUGGAGCCGUACUUCAAGGAGCCGCAUACACGACUGUCCAAAUGGCUGUGGGUCGGGUUAUAGUUGGUUUCGGCGUGGGAUCAGCUGCGAUGGUGGUCCCGUUGUACAUUGCCAAGGUAGCCCCAGCAAAGGCCCGAGGACGUCUUAUCGGCUUGAAUAACAUGUCCAUCACCGGUGGUCAGGUUAUCUCUUAUGCUAUUGGGGCUGCCUUUGCUAAUGUCAACCACGGCUGGCGCUUUAUGGUAGGGCUAGGGGCAUUACCGGCAAGAAUUCUGGCAGCUCUCAUGCCAUUCUGCCCUGAAUCCCCACGCCACCUGGUAUAUAAUAAUCGAAAGGAAGAGACUGAAGCUGUUCUUCGAAGGAUCAAUGGGCACCCAUCCGAUAACCAGCUGGCCUCAAUUUUAGCCUCAAUUUCUGCCGCAUGCGAUGAAGCUCGGGAGAUCAAUGAAGGAGCGACACGCUGGACGAAGAUCAAGCAGCUCCACUCUGUACCCAGCAAUCUUCGUGCACUGAUCAGCGCAUGUGGCCUAAUGGUUUUGAUAACCCAACGGGCGGUUGGAAUCGUCGUCGCCGGAACGAACCUCAUUAUGAAUUGGGUCAACAUGAUGAUUGUUGACAAACUCGGUCGUCGGCGUUUACUCUUAUCCACCGUUUGGGGUAUGUCCGUUGGUCUGAUCGCAGUAGCGGUGGCAUUCCAAUUUAUCCCAGUGGACAUAGAUACACUGGAGUUGAAGGGAAAUGGUGUGUCUCCCCCAGCAAUUGUCGUACUGGUUUUUAUAAUCUGGUUUGCGGUCUUCUAUGGUGUGUCGGUUGGCAAUACAGCGUGGAUGAAUACGGAUUUCUUCCCAUUGGAGGUCCGCGCCAUGGGGACAAUGUGGCUCACCUGCUCUAACUGUGGAAGUAAUGUUAUCGUAUCGAGUACGUUCCUGUCCAUGAUGAAGGCAAUGAUUCCGUCCGAGGCAUUUAGGUUCUACGCUGCCAUCUGCGAGAUCGGAUACAUUUAG